AUGCCCUUCCUCGCACGCUGUAGGUUAAACAUGGCUGCGCUCUUAAGAUCAGCUCGAGUGCUUAAAUUGUCACCAGCCUCCCUGUUGCACGUCGGCCGGGCGAGUCUCAGCGGGGCUCCGCUUGGGCGGCUGUGUGGCGGAGCGGUGGGCCGAAGAGGAGCCGCCUUCCGCCCGGUGGAAACCCCUCUUUUACAUAGUUUUACUGCUAGGUCAGCAUUGCGUCACUUCGCCUUGGCCGCUAAGGAGCAGGGGGUCUCCAGCAGCGAUGACGGCGGCCCGGUCGCUCGGAUCAGUCAGGCCCAUCGCGCUGACUGGGCGCUCGACUUGUUGGACCGAUCGGUCCGGCGCACGGGACGCAUCACGAAGCAGCUGUUGCUGCGUGUCUUCCGGGACAUCUGUCGAGGCCACCCCAGUGGAAACCAGGCCCUGCUUCUCCUGCGCAGCUGCGGGUCUCUGCUGUCGGAGGUGAACCUGCCGGAGCGCAGUGCCUUGGCUCACCAAAUCUGGGACAAGCUGCAAGAGCUAGGGGUGACCUACGAUGCCAGCCACUACAAUGCCCUGCUCAAGGUCUACCUGCAGAACAGCUUCAAGUUCUCUCCCACAGACUUCCUUGCCAAAAUGGAGGCUGCCAAUGUACAGCCCAACAGGGUGACCUACCAGAGGCUUAUUGCAGCCUACUGUCAAGAGGGUGACAUCGAAGGAGCCAGUAAGAUCCUGGGCUUCAUGAAGGACAAAGAAAUUCCGAUCACAGAGGCCGUUUUCAAUUCCCUCCUCACAGGUCAUGCCCGUGCAGGGGAUAUAGCGAGCGCUGAGAACAUGCUGCCGCUGAUGAAGGGUUCUGGGAUCGAGCCUGGACCUGAUACCUAUGUGGCUCUGCUCUCGGCCCAUGCCGAGAAGGGUGAUGUAGAAAAGAUGACACAGAUCUUCGAAGAGGUAGCGAGCGCAGAUAUUCAGCUGAUGGACAGGGACUUCCUGCAGGUGUUGACGAGCCUGGCCGAAGCAGGCCAUCAUCAGCACGUUCCUGUGAUCUUGGAGCGUAUGCGUCAGGAGCAUGGUUUUGUGCAGGAGGCGAUGAAUGUGUGCCUCAGCCUGGUCACGCAGGGCAAGGAGGAUGUUGCCUUCUCCCUGCUCAACACCUUCCCAGUCCGCCAGCUUGACUCCCAGAGCGAGACGGCUCCCAACCAGGGCAACUUCUUCCUGCGCCACUGCGUCGCCAUGGAGAUGCCAGUGGAAAAAUUGCUACGCUACUGCAAGGAUCUGAAGGAAUCCAACAGACAUGCAGCCCCCCUGCAGUUUGUUCUGCAGUGUGCACUUGCAUCUGCAAAGACCGGCAUGGCAGCACAGCUGAUGAAGGUGAUGAAGGAGGAAGGCCUUCCCGUGCGAGAGCAUUUCUUCUGGCCCCUUCUCAUUCCACUCCAGCAGGAAAAGAACACACAAGGUAUUCUGGAUGUGGUGAAGAUCAUGUUGGACUUAGGAGUGUCCCCUGACACACCUACCUAUUCCAGCUAUAUCCUGCCUGCCUUCCCCAGCCUGGAUAGUGCCCGGUCAGCUCUUAAGGAGGUGGGCUGUGAUCUCAACACGCUUCGCUUUACCACCGCUGAAGUUCGUGCAGAAGCUGGAUUGGGAAACCUGGCUUCUCUCUACUCAGUCUUGUCCUCCCCCUCUUUCUUGGGCCUCAAUAUGAAGACUUUCCGUGCAAAGUUGAUCCAGGGGUUCAUAAGGUCGGACGAUGUGGAAAACAUGGUCAAGAUCACAGAGUUAUUGCAAUACGACGAACGCUUCAUCAAAGAGACCCCCAGGCACACAGAUGCUGUGCCCUAUUUCCUAUAUAACCUGAUUGAGGGGAUGAGCACAGAAGAGAUCCAGGCCAAGGAGAAGCUCCUGAGGGAGUAUUUCCAUCAGCUGCGAAACGUGAAGAUUUCCAUCCCUGUUACCAUCUUCAGGGGAAUCCGUAACCUUCUGCAGAUGCAUAACACUCCGGAGCUAGUCAAGGAUGUCAUCCCCUUGGUGGAUCGCAAGACUGUUGACCUGUCAAGCAUCCCUCUUAGCGCGAAUGUUGGGAUGGGUGAUUUUGUGUGUAUCCAGGACCCUGAGCAGAAAAUUGAGGCCUUGGAAAGUAAGCUGGAGGAUCUAAAGAGCAGGGACCAACCCAUUGCUGCAGUUCUCAAGCAGCUCCUCGUAGCCCUGUGUUCCGAGGAGAAACUGGACCAGGCCUUGGAUGUCAAGGCACGGCACGAGUCUGAAAUGGUGGUUGGCGGUUACGCCGUCCUCAUCCAGCUUUGCUGUACUCAUGACAAAGUGGAGGAGGCCUUGAACCUGAAGAGAGAACUGGACCGACGGGAUUCUUCUGACGUUCUGACCGCCAGCAAGUACCUGCACCUGGUCAAAGCUUUGACCAAACACGGAAGGCUGGAGGAGGCUGUGGACAUGCUUAAGGAAAUGAAGGGGAAGAACCUGACGCUGGAAGACACGGCCGUCACCGCGCUCUUCCACAUCUUGAACAGGGUGGCUCUGCAGGGCGAUGCUGCGGCCGUAAAGCGACUGCAGGACACCGUGUUCUCUCUGGGCCUGGUAAAGCCCAGUGCCCUGCUCGCCAGCCCCAUUGCCACAGCCUACCUCCACAGUGGAGACCUGACAGGUGGGCUGGAUGCUGUGCUGUCCUUCUACAAGCAGUACAAAUUCCUGCCUCGCUUCCAUGACCUGCUGUGUCACCUGGUGGAAAAGGAGGAGACAGACCUGCUUCAGAAAGCGAUGGACUUCGUGAGCCAGGAGCGGGGCGAAAUGACCAUGCUCUAUGAUCUGCUCUUCGCCUUCCUGCAGACCGGCAGAUACAAGGAGGCCCACAAAAUCAUUGAGACUCCUGGCCUUAGGGCAAAGUCUGGUCGACUGCAGUGGUUUGCAGAGAAGUGCAUUGCCAAUGAACAGAUGGAGCCACUGGAGACCCUGGUGGAGAUGACGCAGAAGUUGUUUGAAUGUGACAGGGAUGAGAUGUACCACUACGUGCUCCGGCUGUGCGACGAGACUAACGACUGGCGUAAGGCAGAAGCUGCCUGGACCAAGAUGCAGGAGGAGAAUGUGAUCCCACGGGAGAGGACCCUGCGACUCCUGGCCAAGAUCCUGAAAACCAACGGCCAGAAGGUGCCGUUUGAGGUGCCCGAGACAUGGUACACAAAUGUCAACAGUACGAAUCGGCAAGGUGAAGAGCAAAGGGUCCAGCCCUCGGAGACGAAAGGUCAAAGGUCAAGCCCGCAGAGCACCACUUCUAGCAAGGCUGGGGUUAACAGCUACCAGUCUCGCAUCUUGAGCCUUUCCAAGAGCAGGGACGGCAGUACCGAAGCCUACACACUUUUGAAGGAAGCGGAGCAAAGUGGCGAAGUCUUCAAGGGCAACGUCUACCUAGCUGUGAUCCGGGCUCUGCUGGCAAACGGCAGAUUGGAAGAAGCCUUUGAGGUCCGAGACACAGCUGAGAAGAGCAUAAAGGACUUCGGCCUCUGUAACGUCUCCAAUGGCCUCCUGGUGAUAACGCAGGUGAAGCAUGGAAAGCUGAAAGAUGCUCGGGCCACCCUCGCAGCGAUGCUGCAGGCCCAGCAGGUGCCCUCCCAGCUGUCCAUCACACGCUUGGUGCAGAGCCUUGCUGCUGCCGGCGAUGUGGAGGCUAUACGGGAAGUGGAGGACUUGACCAAAGAAACAAGCUCCUUGAUCGGCCUAUCGAGGAUGCUGUUCAUCAACAACGUUGUCCUGGCGCACAUCAAGAACGGUGACAUCCAGACCGCUGUGGAGAAGCUGGAGUCCCUCUACACCCCAGGACUGGAAGGCCAAGGAGACUCUCAGCCCACCAGCAUCAGCUAUGUCUUUCGCAAGGUCCUGGAGGACAAGAAUGACGAGGCGCUGGAUAAACUGAGUGCCAUGGCAGAGAGGAUGGCUAACCACUUUGCCUCCUACCGGCCCGUCACCAGCCUCUUCCUAACCUACCUGGAACUGGGCCACAUUGAGGAGGCCAAGUCCCAACUACAGCGCGUUGCUGCCAUCGCCGAACAGAAGAAAACGCUCUCGGCAUUUCUUGCCAGGAUGUCGCAGAAACCCGGACAGGUACACGCGAUGAAAAGCCUGUUGGAGCUGCUUCCAGACAUUCUGCAGAAGGAACACGUGUACCCCUUGCUGAUGAAGAGCUACACCAUAGACAAAGACCUGGACAGAGCCAAGGCGCUGCACGCGCAGAUGCAGACGGACGGCAUCCGUGCGGACGAGCUGUCGCUGAAGAGGCUCGCUCUCUUGUAUAAGCAGGCCGGGGAGCCCGUCCCGUUUGAGGAGCCCCCCGAGUCGUUCCGUUUCUAUGCCGAAAAGCUGAGAGCUGAAAAGCAGAAGCCGGAUGAGGAGGAAUGAACACCUUUCCGUGUCUAGUAUUUUCAAACUGUUUUGUCCCUUUUUUUUUUUUUCCCCCUCUUAUGCACUGUAUGAAUAAUCUGUGGAAUUCUGUGAACUCGGUGUUGAACUCGGUGAGCCUUGCAGAAGCGAUAAUGUUCAAAGUAUUUAUGCUAGUCAAUAAACGCUCUGGUGAUUAAGACGUGUGAUGGAGAAUUUGAGUUCCCUUUCUCUCCUCUUGGCCACAUCACUCCCGUCUGCCUCAAGGCCUCAUAGGUGCAGUCAGGCCGCUAUUGAAUAAAACAACGAAACAAUAAAAUUCAGUCAGUUUGUACUGAAAAACAUGCAGGAAACUGGUCGGUCUCUACUGACAACUUCAACCCCCGAAUCUGAUGCAACGCACUCGUGUUUUUCUCAGACGUGCGUCGCUUCGGAGAAAAACAUCUGCAGAACGAACGAAUGUAAAUAUCCC